GCCCUCCCUCUUCCACUCCCCGCGGCGCGAGCGGAUGACUGCCCGGAUAGGAAACGGCAUUCGGAGCUGCGCUCCCGCCCAGGCCGGCCCUGACGCGGGCCUCGUCAGCCAGUAACAGGGAGCAGAGGUGGGAGUUAGCGAGGCUACCACGAAAACAGUGAAGGUCGGAACCGACAGCCUCCUCCGAGAAGGGCAGGAGCUGGGAGGAGGAGGCGGCAGCGGCGGCGGCAGAAACAGCAGCGGCGGCGGCGGCAGCUGGGAGGAGGUGGUGACGGUGGCAACGGCAGCGUCGGGGACGAUGGCGCGACUGGUGGCAGUGUGCAGGGACGGGGAGGAGGAGUUCCCCUUCGAGAGGAGGCAGAUUCCCCUCUACAUAGACGACACUCUCACGAUGGUGAUGGAAUUUCCUGACAAUGUGUUAAAUCUCGAUGGACAUCAGAAUAAUGGUGCACAGCUAAAGCAGUUCAUUCAGCGACAUGGUAUGCUUAAGCAACAGGAUCUAAGUAUUGCCAUGGUGGUGACAUCACGCGAAGUCCUGAGUGCACUUUCUCAGCUUGUCCCAUGUGUUGGUUGUCGUCACAGUGUGGAGCGCCUCUUUGCCCAGCUUGUAGAGUCUGGAAAUCCUGCUCUUGAACCCCUAACAGUAGGGCCCAAGGGAGUCCUGUCUGUAACUAGAAGCUGCAUGACUGAUGCAAAGAAGCUUUAUACAUUAUUUUAUGUACAUGGGUCCAAACUAAAUGACAUGAUAGAUGCUAUUCCAAAAAGUAAGAAGAAUAAGAGAUGUCAGUUGCACUCCUUAGAUACGCACAAGCCAAAACCUUUGGGUGAAGGGAGCAGUAGCAGUGUCAGUUCAGAGAAGUUAAGUACAGAUAAGAGAAAUAGUGAAGACCACAGGAAGGACAGCAAGUAUAGGAUCAUUUUCUAUUAUGGACCUUUCCAGGGAACAGCCAGAGGUUGUUGGAUGGAUGUAUGGGAACUAAUGUCACAGGAAUGCAGGGAUGAAGUAGUUUUAAUUGACUCGAGUUGUCUUUUAGAAACACUAGAAACAUAUCUGCGAAAACACAGGUUUUGCACUGAUUGCAAAAAUAAAGUCCUCCGAGCAUACAAUAUCCUUAUUGGUGAACUUGACUGCAGCAAAGAAAAGGGCUACUGUGCUGCACUUUAUGAAGGCUUGCGGUGCUGUCCACAUGAACGACACAUACAUGUUUGCUGUGAAACAGACUUCAUUGCACAUCUUUUGGGUCGUGCUGAGCCAGAGUUCGCAGGAGGGUAUGAGCGAAGAGAAAGGCAUGCAAAGACAAUAGACAUAGCCCAAGAAGAAGUUCUGACCUGCUUGGGAAUUCAUCUUUAUGAAAGACUGCAUCGAAUCUGGCAAAAACUACGGGCAGAAGAGCAGACAUGGCAGAUGCUUUUCUAUCUUGGUGUUGAUGCUUUACGCAAGAGUUUUGAGAUGACCGUGGAAAAAGUACAGGGUAUUAGCAGAUUGGAACAACUUUGUGAGGAAUUUUCAGAAGAGGAACGAGUAAGAGAACUCAAGCAAGAAAAGAAACGCCAAAAACGGAAGAAUAGACGAAAAAAUAAGUGUGUGUGUGAUAUUCCUACUCCCUUACAAACAGCAGAUGAAAAGGAAGUAAGCCAAGAGAAGGAAACAGACUUCAUAGAAAAUAGCAGCUGCAAAGCCUGUGGCAGCACUGAAGAUGGUAAUACUUGUGUAGAAGUAAUUGUUACCAAUGAAAAUACGUCAUGUACCUGUCCUAGCAGUGGCAAUCUUUUGGGGUCCCCUAAAAUAAAGAAAGGCUUAUCUCCACACUGUAAUGGUAGUGAUUGUGGAUAUUCAUCUAGCAUGGAAGGGAGUGAAACAGGUUCUCGGGAGGGUUCAGAUGUUGCCUGCACUGAAGGCAUUUGUAAUCAUGAUGAACACGGUGAUGACUCUUGUGUUCAUCACUGUGAAGACAAAGAGGAUGAUGGUGAUAGUUGUGUUGAAUGUUGGGCAAAUUCUGAAGAGAACAACACAAAAGGAAAAAAUAAAAAGAAGAAAAAGAAAAGCAAGAUACUGAAAUGUGAUGAACAUAUCCAGAAGCUUGGAAGCUGUAUUACAGAUCCAGGUAAUCGAGAGACCUCAGGAAAUACCAUGCACACAGUGUUUCACCGUGACAAGACCAAAGAUACACAUCCUGAAAGCUGUUGCAGCGCUGAAAAGGGUGGGCAGCCAUUGCCUUGGUUUGAGCAUAGGAAAAAUGUAUCACAGUUUGCAGAACCUACAGAAACGUUGUUUGGUCCCGAUUCUGGAAAAGGUGCCAAGAGCUUAGUUGAACUCCUUGAUGAGUCUGAAUGUACUUCAGAUGAGGAAAUCUUUAUCUCACAAGAUGAAAUACAGUCAUUUAUGGCUAAUAACCAGUCUUUCUACAGCAAUAGAGAACAAUACCGACAGCAUCUGAAGGAGAAAUUUAAUAAAUACUGCCGCUUACAUGAUCACAAGAGGCCCAUUUGUAGUGGCUGGUUGACACGGCUGGAGCAAAUUAAAUAAAUAAAAUAGCUCUGUCUUUCAAUGAAACACUCACGAUGACUACUGCGCCUUCUCUUUCGAAAAACUCUUAAUUUAGUGACUUAUGGCAAAGUUUUAUCUUAAAUCAAUGUGAUUCUUUCUUGUUUUGGGAGACGGUGGAGGUAUCCUCAUUAGUUUGUUCUUUCUUCAGGCUUGUGUCUUUAGUUGCGUGGCUGCGCAGGCCUGCCAUAUGAUUUAAGCCAUCUCUUUUCAUGAAAUGUUUCUCUUCCUGUGAGACUUACUAAAGCAACUUAGUGGCAAAAAGUAAUGUUGUACUUAUAAUUCUGUACAGAAAUGACAAUGAGCUGAAUAUAUGGUUUUACAAAGUAGACAUCCACUUGCAAAAUGUUUGGAUGUAAUGUUAAAGCGCAAUGUGCAAAAUUUAAAAUAAAGAAUAUUUAUUAAUACGCACAGUAAAA